AUGGGUCGAAUCGCGCGGUUGGAGCUCGAGAACUUCAAGUCGUACGGCGGCUACCAUGUCGUAGGGCCGUUCCACCGCUUCACUGCCGUCAUCGGGCCCAAUGGCAGCGGCAAAAGCAACCUAAUGGACGCGAUUUCCUUCGUCUUAGGUGUACACUCACGUCAGCUCCGCUCCAAUCAGCUACGCGACUUGGUACACAAGGCACCGACUGACACUGCUACCACCGGUCGCUCAGCGUUCGUGACGCUCGUGUACGAGCUCUCAGCGGACGAGACGCCGCCUUCCAAGUCUCUGGCGGCGCAGAACCAACAGAAAGAAGUAAAAUUCACGCGUCUCAUCUCCGAAAAAGGCGCCGGCUCGUACCGUAUCGACGGCCAGGACGUGAGCUCUGAGGGCUACCAGAACCAGCUGAAAGAGAUCGGGAUUUUAGUCAAAUCUCGCAAUUUUUUAGUAUUUCAAGGAGAAGUCGAGUCUAUUGCCAGUAAAAGCCCCACGGAGCUCACGAAACUGUUCGAGCAGAUCUCCAUGUCUGACGAACUGAAGAACGAGUACGAGCGGCUUAUGGAGGAGAAGGAUGCGGCCGAAGAGAGCACAAUCUUUGCCUAUAAGAGGAAAAAGGGGCUGGUGGCCGAGAAGAGACUCGUGAGGGAGCAGAAGGAAGAAGCCGAGCAGUUCCGACACAAGCAAGACGCUGUGAAUGAUCUUCGCGUGGAGCAUUAUUUGUGGCAGCUUUUCCAGGUAGAAGACGACAUGACACAGCGAGAAGAGACGGUGAGACAAUACCAGGGCGCUCGACGUACUUGCUCGCAGAAGGAGGAAGAUGUGGCUCAGACGUACCGUGAGAAGAAGAAGGAGUUGAACGCCAGUCUACGCGAGGUGAAGACGAAUCGGAAGCGGAUUCAGGACUUGCAGAGCGAGAUGGAAGACAUCCAGCCACAAGUGAUUCGUCUACGAGAACAGACGCAGUAUUCCCAGAGGAAGAUUGUGGAGUCGGAGACGACGGAGAAGCAGAUGAAGGAGCGGCAGGAGGGUAAGGCCAAGGAGAUUGAAGGCUUGAAGACGGAUUUGCAGGAGCUGGAGAAGGUCAAGGCGGAACUCGAAGCGAAGCAAGCCAAGGAGGCAAGUCAACGAGGCGAGGAAGGCUCGCUAGUCUUGGAAGGCUCUCGCUUGGACGAGUAUCAUCGCAUCAAGGAGGCUGUACAAGUCAAGACCAACUUGCUGCGUAAUGAGCUCGAGUCGAUCUUACGUCAGCAGAACGCAGACAAGAACAAGGUGGAGACUUUGAGUCAGGAGCGUCAGGAGAACCUCAAGAUGAUUGAAAUGCUGAGCGACGACCUCAAACAAGCGGACGAACGUGUCGUCAGUAUGCAGUGCGUCAUUUCCGACACUGAACGCGACAUCGCUGACGCCGAGAAGAGCUUGCAGACUGCGGACGACGAGAAACGUGGCCAAGCGGAGGAGAAAGAGAAGCUGACCAAGCAGUUAGAACGCGUUAACAACAAGUUACGCGAUCUCAAAGACGAUAAACGACAGUCACAAGCUGAGGCGAGGAGAGCAGACACGCUGGAAACUCUGAAGCGACUGUACCCUGGCGUCCGUGGUCGUCUUGUAGAUCUCUGCAAGCCGACUCAGCGCAAAUACAACAUGGCGGUGACUGUGGCGACCGGCAAACACAUGGACGCGAUCGUGGUGACUGACUAUAGGACAGGCCAAGAGUGUAUCCAGUACCUUCGAGACUCGCGUGCAGGCAGCGCUCAGUUCAUCCCGCUGGAUAAAAUUCGAGUGAAGCCGAUCAACGAGCGCUUCCGUGGCUUGGGCAACAACAUCAAGAUGGUGGUGGAUGUGGUGCAAUGCGACCCGGAGAACGAGCCAGCUCUGCACUAUGCUGUGGGCGAUACUGUUGUGUGUGAGACGAUCGAGGUUGCUCGUGAUCUUUGCUUCCGUCAGAAUGAGAAGUUGAAGGCUGUGACGUUGAAUGGGAUGGUGGUGAGCAAGAAUGGCAGUAUGACAGGCGGGAAGACGCAGAACGACUUGCGUCGUGCUGGUCGCUGGGAUGAGAAGGAGGUCGAGGCUUUACAACAAGAGAAAGAUAAGCUGAUUGACGCCAUCCGUGCUAUUGAGCGUCAUGGUGCGUCCUAUGCCAAGCUACAGACGCAACGUACGCAGAUCGAAGGACUCAAGAGCAGACUCACACAUGCCAAAGCUGACCUGGUGAUCACGGAGAAUAAGAGACCAAAGAUCCAGCUUCGAAUUGAUGAAGCUAAGAAGCGAGUGAGUGAGGUGAUUGAGCCGGAGCUUGGCAAGUUUGCAGCCGCUGUGGAGUCUCGCAGAGCUAAGAUUGACGCGCUGCAGGACCAGAUUCACGGAGUCGAGGACGAGAUGUUUGCCGACUUUAGCGAAGCCAUUGGCGUCGAUAGUAUUCGCGUCUAUGAAGAAAGAGUACUGAAGAGACACCACAAGGCGAUGGAGAUGCGCCGUAAGAUUACGGAACAUGAAGCGAAGCUGCGAGCACAGAUCGAGUAUUUAGAGUCGCAGGACUUCAACCAGCCUAUGCUGGCAGCGAGAGAAAGAGCGACGCGAGAAGCGCAGCAUUUGAAGACGUUGGUGGAAGAGGAAGCGGCUCUGAUGAAGACGUUUGCUGUCUUGCGUAAGGAGAGAAAGGAGCACGAAGCUCUGCGGCAGACUUUGUCGACAAAAGUGGAGGAGCUGGAGAAAGCACUACGAGAAAUUGGCAGCAAGAAGGCCAAGUACGAGCAACGGAAGGGCAAAAUCCAACGAAGGAUCUCGUCAGAGGAGACGGUGCUGGAGCGUCUGAAAGACCACAAGACGGAGCUUUUCAAACGUGCAGCGUUGGAUCAGAUUAAACUGCCAACUGUAGCUCGCUCUGGCUCCGAAGACAUCGAGAUGGAAGAUGCAAGUGCGUCCAGUAGCCUCGAGAACACGGAACUUCUACUGGGAGCUGACGCUGCCAACCGACAAGUGGACUUCUCGUCGCUUUCGGAUGCUCACGUCGUGGUGGAUGAUAAGGAAUUCGACGAGAUUAAUGCUGACUAUGAGAAGCGGAUUGGUCUUCUACUCACUGAGCUGGAGCAGAUCCAACCAAACAUGCGCGCAUUGGACAAGUUUGACGUGAUCCAGAGUCGAAUCGGGAAAGAAGAAGAAGAACUGGAUCGUAUCAAGCAACAAGCUCUGGACACGGCGUCCAAGUUCGAGAAGGUCAAGCAAACUCGUCGUGAUCGCUUCAUGGAAGCGUUCACGCACAUUUCAGGAGUCAUCGACUCGACGUAUAAGCAGUUCACCAAGAGCUCCAAGCAUCCGCUAGGUGGCACUGCGUAUCUGAACUUGGAGAACACGGAAGAGCCGUAUCUUAGUGGGAUGAAGUUCAACGCUAUGCCUCCGAUGAAGCGAUUCCGCGAGAUGGACGAGCUGUCUGGAGGCGAGAAGACGGUGGCUGCUCUUGCGUUACUUUUCGCCAUCCACAACUACCGCCCGUCGCCGUUCUUCGUGCUUGACGAAGUGGACGCUGCUCUGGACAAUGUGAACGUCAACAAGGUGUCGACGUACAUCGCCAACUGCGGCUUCCAGUGCGUCGUGAUCUCGUUGAAGGAUUCGUUCUACGAGAAGGCGGACGCGCUGGUUGGAGUCUGCAGAGACAUCACGUUACAGCAGUCCAAGUCGAUGACUCUGGAUCUCACCAAGUUCGACUAA